GUCAGCAUCAGCUGAGUUCAUGGCCAUUGGAGCAAGCGAGGAGUUAAAAGUCAGACUCUGUUUUAGUUGUCGUUCACUUCAAGUUCUAGACGUUGAGAGAGCAGUCACUCACCAACUAAUUCACCAUCAUGGCACAACCAAUUCGAGUAGUUGUAACUGGAGCUGCUGGCCAGAUUGCAUACUCUCUUAUUUAUCAACUAGCUAAAGGAGAUGUAUUUGGAGAAAAUCAGCCAAUCAUUCUGCAUCUUUUGGACAUUCCCCACAUGAUGGGUGUUUUAGAAGGUGUUGUGAUGGAAAUCGCCGACUGCGCCUUGCCCCUUGUUAGAGAGGUUGUUCCAACAGCUGAUGUAGCAGUUGCCUUCAAGGAUGUUGAAGCUGCUUUUCUGGUUGGAGCAAUGCCCCGCAAGGAGGGCAUGGAGAGGAAAGAUUUGCUCUCUGCUAAUGUAAAAAUUUUCAAAGUCCAGGGUGAGGCUAUUGAUAAGUACGCAAAGAAGAAUGUUUUGGUGCUUGUAGUUGGCAACCCUGCUAACACUAACGCUCUGAUUUGCGCAAAGUAUGCCCCCUCAAUACCAAGAGAAAAUUUCUCCGCCAUGACUCGUCUUGACCAGAACAGGGCCCAGGCACAAAUCGCAGCAAGAUUGAAUGUCCCUGUAGAUAAGGUCAAGAAUGUAACUAUCUGGGGCAAUCAUUCUUCCACACAGUUCCCAGAUGCCUCCCACGCAACCGUGGAAAUCAACGGCAAAGCAGUCCCAGUUCCAGAAGCUCUUAAAAAUGAUCCCUGGCUUCUAGCAGACUUUGUAAAGACAGUUCAGACUCGUGGAGCUGCGGUUAUUGCGGCACGAAAGAUGUCAUCAGCUCUCUCUGCUGCCAAGGCUGCUGGGGACCACAUGAAGACGUUGUGGCAAGGCACCAAGCCUGGCCAGUACGCCAGCAUGGGUGUAUGGAGUGAUGGCAGCUAUGGCGCACCCCCAGAUGUGAUGUUCAGCUACCCUGUCACGAUCAAGGACAAGAAGUGGACCGUUGUACAGGGUCUGCCGGUGAGUGAUUUUGCCAGGACCAAGCUGGACCUGACCGGUAAGGAGUUGCUUGAGGAGAAGGAGGAAGCUCUGGCCGUCUGUAAGGAUUGACGGAUUCCACCCCCCUCUUGCCCACCCACCCCCACCUGCAGACUGUAGCUGCCUUGGCAUGACAUUUCCAUCACCGGUGACAUGGCCAGCAACAAUAACCAUUCAAGUCCGAUUAAUAUAUUUUUAGAAAUCAACAUCAAGCAAAUUGUAGCCUAGCUCUAGUUUGCAACACGUUUCUGUUAGAUUUAAUUUUUGUCUUGAACUAUUGAUGUAUUUUUUCAAAAUGUUUGUGAAUUUAUUGGCAAUUGAAAUUUAAAACUUAUGACUUCAAGUGACCAAGUGUAAUAUCAGACAUAAUUAAUUAUACAAAAUAAAGUUUUUAAUACAAUUGUGACAACUGUUUUGCUGGUGUUUGUUAAUUAUUAUUAUUAUUACAUUGUUAAUGUGGGAUUGUUGUGUCUAUGUCUUCUGCAGUAUGCUGACAACAGACCCUAACGGCAAAGAGGGGAUUCUGAUUGAGUUUUAACUGCAUUUACCAUUUUGUUAAACUUAAUCAGAAUGUAGAAUCGAGAGAUGGUUUUAAAUAUUAUUUUACUUUUGUAUAAAUCUUAUAAAUUAAUCAUUUACGCUAUUUAAAGAAGUCUGUAUAAAACAUUCCUAUGAUAUUCAUGAUAGCUUAAGUUGGAAUUAAGGAAGAAUCAUAAAUUGCAUUUAAACAAUUUAUUAAUCGAUCACCAAAGAAUUGUUUCUUUGCUUAAAAUCCAAUAAUGUUAAGAGCAUUUAAUGGUUCCAUUUAUUGGAUUAUUUAUUUUAUCAUACAUUGAAAAUGUUUUCUAAGAGUAUGACAACUAUUUUAAAUGUUUCAAAUGUAAAUAGUUAAUUAAAUCAAAGGUUGAAUUGAAGAUGGAGCCUGUAACAAUUAAUAAACUCAGGGAUUUUAAUACUGAAGGUGUCGUUUUGGGUAUUGGUUGUCUAUUUACACCAUUGGUGGAGGUGUUUUAUAUGUUUCAAUAUUUCUAGUUGAAGACAAGUCACCAUAUUUGACUAUCCAUAUUCUUUUGGAAUAUCCAGAGACAGUUGUUUGUUUGAUGUGAACUUAACAAUUAAUUGAUUACAAAAUUAACGUAAUGUAUAUUUGUAUGGUUUAUUAAGUGUUGUGUAUUAUUAAAGCAGAUUUAAAAAUUUGGUUCGAUUAUGAUUGUUUUAUAAAGUAAUUGUACAUAAAUAAUAAAAAUAUGGUUAUUGUU